CUCCAGCUGUGCUGAGGGGAUGACGGCUUCCGAGGGGGUGGGCCUAGGCUGUGGAGGGCUCGCGGUGCGGUGGCGCUUUUCAGUCAGCCGCGCUGAGGAAGAGUCCCGCGUCUGCUCCCGCCCCCCCAUUCCCAACUUUCCUCAAGCUCCUGAGCAGACCUCUCUUUUCUCCUACUGUUUUGCCUCAGCGUUACCAGAACAAGCGCGGUGUGGUUGUGGGAGAUGGUUUUUGCUGUUUUGACCUGGUUUUAGACUUUUAAAAACAGAGAUCUGCGCAACCGGGACACUCAGAUGCAUUUUAGAUUCUCCAAGACUUGGUGAUGUGUCCAAUCUUUGACCACCAUAUCCCACCACAAAAUGCUUCUCUGCACUACCAGUGCCCACAAGCUUGAGACUGUUUAUGAUCAUAAGUUUCUCAAGAUGUCUAUCAAAGAGUCUUGUGAGAAAGAAGAAAAGUCUCAGAAAAAACAGACUACCUCUUCACCAGCUUUUAUUGAGGACAAGGAGGGAGAAAUCUCAGCAGGCUCUACUAGUUCAGCACACUGUAUUAAACUUAUUUCAGCCAAGAAGAGAAAACUGAAAUCAGAUGAUACAGACAUUGCAUACUAUAAUACAAACAGAGAACAAGAUCUGAAAAGAUCGGAUGUAGAAGUUGACACGCCCAGAAAGAGAUCAAAAUUCAGUUCUUCCACUGAAGGACCUACUGAACUCCAAGUAACAUCAUAUUCAAAUAACAAUCGAGUUACUUCACAGAGUUGUGCAUCAAAUGGAACUAAAGAUACUAAACUUAAAGAUAGUAAAUUGACAAAUAUUGGAAGUAAGCUUGAUUAUGAAAUAAAAAAACAUCGCAGCAUUAAAAUUACCAAAGAUACGAAAUCUGAAGCUGAAGGCCAGACAAAGGAAAAGAAUUGGCCUCAUUCACUUAUUCAGAAAAUGAAAGAAUUCAAGAAAGAAAAGAACAGUAAACUCAGAGACAGUUCUGAAGAAUUGGAGAAAUAUAAGAAAAAUCAGCUUCCUCAGAAUUACAAUUUCAGCAAUAUAAUCAAGGAACCGUUUGACUCUGGAAGAAAGAAGAUCAGCUUCAAAAUUCCCAAAAAGCCCUCUGGCGCCAUCCAGAAGCUUGUAAAAGGAAACGUCUUCAGUGUUGAUUCUAGAAAGUCAAAGAAUAAGCAGGAAAAAAAGGAGUGCUUGAAAAGUUCCCAGACGUCAUUCGAUUUGACCAGGCCCAAAGCCGGGAACUUGUUUUCAGAGUCCACAUGUAAGCAGACUGCCUGUGAGGGGAAAAGGAAAGACCUUCAUGAGCAUCCAAGAGUUAAUAUUAAUAGUUCAGAUUCGAAGGAAAACCGUACCCAGAAUUUUGAAACACCAUGUUCUUCAGUGUCAUCUGAGAACAUCCAAGAUACAGAUGAAGAGAUGCAGAUAGUAGAAGAGCUCCAUGCUGCACGUGUGGGGAAAAGUGUGCAUUUACCUGUGGUUCCACCUUCCGGAGAAUUAAUGAGUAUGGAAAUUGACUUGGUGGAAGAUGAUGUGCAUUCUUCUACUGUAAAUACUGCCACAGACAAAAAGCUUCUAAUUGUUAUUGACACAAAUAUUCUGAUGAAUCAUCUCAAGUUUGUUAAAAUUUUGAAGACUACAGAGAUACCAGGCUUUGAUACACUUGUGUUAAUAAUUCCCUGGGUGGUUGUGCAAGAGCUAGAUCGCAUGAAGGCAGGAAAAUUAUUAAAACAUGUCCAGCACAAAGCUGUGCCUGCAAUUCACUUCAUCAAUGACAGCCUCAGAAGUCAAGAUAGAAAGCUGUGGGGUCAGUCAUUACAACUGGCAUCCCAAAAACUUUAUGGAUUGAGUGAUGAGAACAAUGAUGAUCGAGUAUUAAAAUGCUGUCUGCAGUACCAGGAAUUAUUUCCAUAUUCUCUUGUUAUUCUGUGCACGGAUGAUAGGAAUUUAAGAAGUAAAGGACUGAUAAGUGGUGUGAAGUCACUCAGUAAAGAAGAAUUGGAUGCAGAGAUGGUAUCUUUAGCUCUGAACACAAGUGUGUGUCCUCAGCCUUGUAUUUCUAAUCAACAGCUGAAAGCAGAAACAGCACCUAUACAGGAGACAUCUAAGGAAGAAUCUACAAAUUCUGGACUGUCCAUUCUGCUUGAGCACAUUAUAUGUGAUUUUGAAAAAUCUCUUGGAACAGCUUUAUCUUCAAUAUUAGAAACAGAAAUGAAAAUUGCUUUUGGAAAUCUUUGGAUGGAGGUGCUGUACUUGAAACCACCAUGGACUCUAGUAAAUCUAUUGCAGUGCUUUAAAAAACAUUGGCUGGCUGUAUUUGGAUUAGUUAUGGAAAAUAAUUUGCUUUUAACUAUUGAGAGCCUAUAUGAAAAUCUCUUGAAAGCUAAUAAUGCAGUGGAUUUUAAAACAGUAAAAUUCCUGCUUCAGGAUUCUAAAAGUUUGUUACAUGCCUUCAGUACAAGGUCAAAUUAUGAUGGUAUUCUUCCACAGACCUUUGCGCAAGUAAACAGACUACUUCAAGUACUUGCAGAGGUCAAGACAAAACUGAAGCCAGAUUCUUCAGAAAGCACAAUGGGUAAAAAGCAGAAAGACACUUCUUUGGUGAAGCUUCAUAACCAAGAUGUUACUGUUUUCUCGGAUUCUCCUCUUCCCCAGUUCACCAGGCAUCAAGAAAUAUGGUCUAUCCUGGAGAAUGUUUGGACUUCAAUAUAUCAGAACAGCACAGAUGUGUUUCAGACACUGGACUCAAGUUCAACUCUGACCACUUCAAAAAUAGCAUCAUUUGAAGAAGCAUUUAUAUAUCUUCAAAAGUUAAUGGCAGCUGUGAAGGAUAUUCUUGAAGGAAUUAAAAGAAUUUUAGCUCCUAAUAGUAAUUUCCAAGAUGUUGAGACUCUCUAUAACUUCCUAGUCAAGUAUGAGGCCUUGCAAAACGAGAUUCGUCCAUCAGAAAACUGGGAAAAAUUAACCAUUGGAUGCCAACAACUGAUUGAGAUGGAAUAUACCAUGCAGCAGUGCCAUGCAUCUGUCUGUAUGGAAGCCAAAAACAGAGGAUGGUAUGAAGAAAUGUUCAACAACAGGACUUAAGUUCUUGGGAGGAAUGACGUCUAUCAUCAUGGAGUAACCCAGUAACUUUCAAACUGAUUGCUUUGUUGAACCAAAUGUAGGAUAAUUACAAAAAAUCUUUCACAAAUACAAAGAAAAAAGUUUUAUUGACCAUCUCAUUGAAUCCAAUGUAGGGUAAACUGUAGACUCAGCCCUUCUGGAGUUGACAAUACUUCCUACCUCUAAAGAGAAGAGAGCCAUCUUCUUAGUGUUCCUGAGGCAGGAAUCACUGUGACAUGACGGCAGCCCACAGCCUUAGUAUCUCCUAACUCUGAAUGUGGGCAUGUGACCAGACACUGCCAAGCCCUAAGAUUGAAGACAUGACCAUGCUACCACAUUCCACGAAUGGGCUGCUUUCAUGAACAAACUGCCAUUUCUAUAAAACUGGUGGGAAAAACCACCACCACUUUCAGGGAUAUGAAGUAGAAUUUUGAUCUAGUAGUACCCUCUCCUCUGUAGCUGCUUUAGGGGUUGCGUCAUUUUUCUGUGCAUUUCCAAUGGGGAAGAACCCCCUCUGAGGUUGCCCCUUAAAUAUGAAGCAGUAUGGAUUUGGGGAAUUAGAUGGCAGUGGCUGCUCUUUGCCCCUACCUAAAACUCAAGUGUUUUAAUUGACUUAGUUAUACAUUAAGUUGGAAAUCCUUGUUUACUGAAGUGUAUUGUAUUAUGUUUUUGUUAAUAUAUUAGAUUAAGUCAAAUUUGAUAUUCUAUAAUAAAUGUUUAUUUUAAAUAACAAUAAAUAACUUAUUUUAGUAAUA